CGGCCCAGCCGGCAGCGGUUCCAGGGGUUUCCGGUACAAAGCCAGAAGGUGGACGCCGUCGGAGGACGGCGUUGGGAUGCGAGAAGCGCGCGGGAGCAGUGCCCCGAAAGCCUGCUAAGGCGCGCCAGGGUCCCCCUGAUCACCCAGAGACUGAGUGAAGGCCAGCCCGUUUGUUUUAAGAAGCUUUGUGUUCCUGGUGUUGGGAUUUCGGAUCCAGGCUGUGAAGAAAUUUGAAGUCUGGAAAAUAGCAACUGUACACGUUCUUAAGGAUCUACUCCAAACCUAGCACUGCAUAUCACAAUGAAGAACCAAGACAAAAAGAAUGGGGCUGCCAAACAAUCCCACCCCAAAAAUACCCCGGGGCUGCCGGAAACAGGACCAGAGGGACUCCAUGGGAGGCCCAGCCAGUUGCCUCCUGCUACAGAAGCUGAAGGUUCCACCAGCCAGGCUCCUGGGAAGACGGAGGGAGCUCAAGCCAAAACAUCUCCGUCUGGAGCCCUCCGUGAUGUCUCUGAGGAGCUGAGCCGCCAGUUGGAAGACAUACUAAGUACGUACUGUGUGGACAACAACCAGGGUGGCUCAGGUGAGGAUGGAGCACAGGGCGAGCCCACUGAACCUGAAGAUGCAGAGAAGUCCCGGACCUAUGCUGCAAGGAAUGGGGAGCCUGAGCCAGGAACUCCAGUAGUUAAUGGUGAGAAGGUGACUUCCAAGGGGGAGCCAGGCACAGAAGAGAUCCGGGCGAGUGAUGAGGUCGGAGAUCGUGACCACCGAAGGCCACAGGAGAAGAAGAAAGCCAAGGGUCUGGGGAAGGAAAUCACAUUGCUGAUGCAGACACUGAACACGCUGAGUACCCCAGAGGAGAAACUGGCAGCACUGUGCAAGAAGUAUGCUGAACUGCUGGAGGAACACCGGACUUCUCAGAAACAGAUGAAGCUCCUGCAGAAGAAGCAGAGCCAGCUGGUACAGGAGAAGGACCACCUGCGUGGAGAGCACAGCAAGGCCAUCCUGGCCCGCAGCAAGCUUGAGAGCCUGUGCCGUGAGCUGCAGCGGCACAACCGCUCCCUCAAGGAAGAAGGCGUACAGCGGGCCCGGGAGGAAGAGGAGAAGCGCAAAGAGGUGACCUCGCACUUCCAGGUGACACUGAAUGACAUUCAGCUGCAGAUGGAACAACAUAACGAGCGCAAUUCCAAGCUGCGCCAAGAGAAUAUGGAGUUGGCCGAGAGGCUCAAAAAGCUGAUUGAGCAAUAUGAGCUGCGUGAAGAGCACAUUGAUAAAGUCUUCAAACACAAGGACCUCCAGCAGCAGUUGGUGGAUGCCAAGCUCCAACAAGCCCAGGAGAUGCUGAAGGAGGCAGAGGAGCGGCACCAGCGGGAGAAGGACUUUCUCCUGAAAGAGGCAGUGGAAUCCCAGAGGAUGUGUGAACUGAUGAAGCAGCAGGAGACCCACCUGAAACAGCAGCUCGCCCUAUACACAGAGAAGUUUGAAGAGUUCCAGAACACACUUUCCAAAAGCAGCGAGGUAUUCACCACAUUCAAACAGGAGAUGGAAAAGAUGACUAAGAAGAUCAAGAAACUAGAAAAAGAAACCACCAUGUACCGGUCCCGGUGGGAAAGCAGCAACAAGGCCUUACUUGAGAUGGCCGAGGAGAAAACUCUGCGGGACAAAGAGCUGGAGGGUCUGCAGGUGAAAAUCCAACGACUGGAGAAGCUGUGCCGGGCACUACAGACAGAGCGCAAUGACUUGAACAAAAGGGUACAGGGCCUGAGUGCUGGUGGCCAUAGCCCCCUCACUGACAGUGGUCCUGAGCGGAGGCCAGAGGCUGCCACUGCAGCCAAAGAGCAGAGCAGUGAGGGGCCCGGGGCUCAAGCACCCAGCUCCUCAAGGGCCCUGGAAGCUCCUGGCUGCCCAGGAACAAGCACAGAAACAACAGGGCCUCAGGAGCCCACCUCUGCCACCACCUAGGGAGCCUGGUGCUUGAGGCAUGCUGGGAAGGGAGCAGCACCCCAGCCAGGCCUGGCCUGUACAAGGCUCCCACACAAAACAGCCAGUGCUGAAGUCAGGGUGUUCUGACGUGAUAGGCCUCUGCACUCUGCAACUUUGGAUUUUAUGGGUCAGUUUUACAUACAUAGUGCAUAUGUGCAAGGCCUCGUGCAUUUACAUCUCUAAGUGCAGAGGGCUUGCGUUGAAGGUGGGUGUACGGAUGAAGUCAGUGCUCCUCUAAUCUGAAGAGUUACAGAGGAGGUGUCAUCUGUAGCUGCCAUCACAGUGAGCUGGAAGGGCAAGUGACUUGAACAUUUCUUGCCCAAUUUGAGGCUCAGACCCCUCCCAGCCCUUCAGAGCUUAUGACAAGUAAUAUACCCAGUUCUGGAUUGCACUCUGCGGUGAGCAGGGCUUGAGCAGCUUUUCUGGCUCUCACAGAGGUCGUUGCUUCUCAGCCUGGGAAUGCUGUUCCUCUGCAGAGCCUCUGCAUGGCACACAGAGCCUAGGGCAUGGGACCUGGCGAAUGUUUCACUCUGGGAUGAUGUGUUGGUUGGGAGCCACCGGGGCACUGCGUCCCCUGCCCUCCUGCAGUUCCAGGACCAGGCCAAUGUUGCUUCUCAGUAGCCUUAUCAUUCACAGGUGCCUCUCUAGCCUGCACAAGUGAUUGGCAAGAGAUCAUCCAAAGGAUUCUUUCUGAAGGCAUUUUGUUUUGCACGUGACAGUUCAUACGAGGAUUUUCUGAGGAAGAAGGAUGUUGGAGUCAUGGUCCUGGAUGCCUAGCCUCCAGUGUUGCUCCCCCCUCACCACCCCACCUGGCUUUUUAGCCAUGUUGGUGCUGAGGUUUCCUUUUUGAAAGGGAAGAUCAGACUAAGAGAAAGAAGGGCUGCUAAUGGCUUUGCCAUGAGCUUGCCUGUGAGCCUUAGUCCUGGGAGGCCACCAUAGAUUCCCAUUGCUACCAUCUCCGUGCAGCAAUUGCUGGGCUCCAGGUCCUAUUGCACCCUGGGCUUUAUGGUUCUUUUUCUGUUUCCUGCACCCUAAACUCACACCCCAAUGUGCAGUCCUUGAGGAUCGUCCCAAUUCACAUUUCUUCACCUCUUUGCCCAAGAAGUAAGAGUCCUCCUUGGAAAUCUUCCUUUGUGGAAGCCCUCAGCUAUUAUCUUGACAAAACAGAAUUCUGCAAUACUCUGAGCCCAGGAAUUCUACUUUAAAAAAAGCUGCAGAUAGUCCUUUCUGUCCCACUACCUGACCUAGAACAUUAUCACUAUGUACUGUGUGUAGCACCUCUGUGCUAAAACCCCUGUUCCACACAUGGAAGGGUAUUAGUCACUCUUUGGACAGAGCAGUUUUCUGGGGCAAUAGAAUGAGUCUUGAAAGCAGGGUUCUGCUGAGCUACUUAAGAUGCCCAGCAACAGUUUGAGUGUUGAGACCCUUUUGCCAUCCCUGGCUAAGACUCUUCUAUGUAGAAAUGUUUUGCAAGAUCUUUGUCUUCCCCUCUUUGACGUCCCUUGGAAUGGUUCCUUCUUCCUGCCUCAGUGAGGCCUCCCCCAGCCCUGUGCCAGGCUGAAGAACAAAAACUCAAUUCCACAGGGAAGAAAAAUAAAUCAAGUUUUACAGUUAUUUAAUAAUAUAUAGGUACAAGUUCCCUAUGACCAAUGUGAU